AGCUGCUCGGCCCCGGCUUCCGGGCGGCGUCGGCGCGAUGGGGCUGAGGGUCAGCGCGGCUGAGUAGCGGCGGCGUGUGGGCGUGCGGGCCGGGCGGGCCGGCUCGAGGACUCGGGUCUCGGGGUUUUUGGGAGCCGCCGGAGGGCGCGGAGAGAGCCUAGGAUCACCGUCCGCCGCCACUCUCUGGCAUGUCGGCCGAGGCUUCGGGCCCGGGGGCGGCCGAGGCUCCCCCGUCCCUAGAAGCCCCUAAGCCCUCGGGUCUGGAGCCUGGCUCCGCCGCUUACGGUCUCAAGACACUGACCCCGAACAGCAAGUACGUGAAGCUGAACGUGGGCGGCUCGCUGCACUACACCACGCUUCGCACCCUCACGGGACAGGACACCAUGCUCAAGGCCAUGUUCAGCGGCCGCGCGGAGGUGCUCACCGACGCGGGAGGUUGGGUGCUGAUUGACCGGAGCGGCCGCCACUUUGGUACAAUCCUCAACUACCUGCGGGAUGGAUCCGUGCCACUGCCUGAGAGUACCAGAGAACUGGGGGAGCUCCUAGGUGAAGCACGCUACUACCUGGUACAGGGCCUGAUUGAGGACUGCCAGCUAGCAUUGCAGCAAAAAAGGGAGAACCUGUCCCCGCUGUGCCUCAUCCCCACGGUGACAUCUCCCCGGGAGGAGCAGCAGCUCCUGGCCAGCACCUCCAAGCCCGUGGUGAAGCUCCUGCACAACCGCAGUAACAACAAGUACUCCUACACCAGGUGACCGCCAGG